AACUUCUUCUCGUAGUCCUGUCUCUCAACGAUCAUUUCAAUUCAUCUUUAUCUUUCUUAGUUGGAAAGAUUAAUUGAUUAAUGGUUUCUUCAUUCUUACGAUGAUUAUGUCAGAGAAACUGUAUUUUUUCCGGAAUCUUCUUGAAUAGGAACAAAUUUUUCUACGGUUGUUGUUGCUUACGAGUUUCUGAAGUUUUUGAUUUUUUUUUUUUAAUAGUCUGUCUCUGUCAUAUGAUUUUUAAGAUCGGUCAAUGAGAACUAUGCGUAUAUAGUAAACAAAAUUGGGCUUUGAAAUUUGAUUGGAAAACAAUAAAUUGGACCUUCGAUUUCUCCAAAGGCCACGAUUACAGAGAUAAAAAACAAUAGAUUGGACUUUCAAGAUGAUCUCCUUAGUCUCAACAACUUCUUAAUCGCUCCAAAGGGCACGAUUACAGAGAUAUUCGUUGUCUGAGAAGAUGGCGGAGGUGAGGUCUACAAUCGCAAAAGAUGUUACUGAAUUGAUCGGCAACACACCGUUAGUAUAUCUCAACAACGUUGUGGAUGGCUGUGUGGGACGUAUUGCUGCCAAGCUAGAAAUGAUGGAGCCUUGCUCUAGUGUUAAGGACAGGAUUGGGUAUAGUAUGAUCACUGAUGCAGAGGAGAAGGGUCUCAUCACACCAGGGCAGAGUGUCCUCAUUGAGCCAACUAGUGGUAACACUGGCAUUGGGUUGGCCUUCAUGGCAGCAGCUAAGGGUUACAAGCUAAUCAUUACAAUGCCUGCUUCAAUGAGUCUUGAGAGGAGGAUCAUUCUUCGAGCUUUUGGAGCUGAGUUGGUCCUCACAGAUCCAGCUAGGGGCAUGAAGGGGGCUGUUCAGAAGGCAGAGGAGAUUUUGGCAAAGACACCCAAUGCUUAUAUAUUACAGCAGUUUGAAAACCCUGCCAAUCCCAAGGUUCAUUAUGAAACCACCGGACCAGAGAUCUGGAAGGGUUCAGGUGAGAAAGUCGAUGCCUUUGUUUCUGGUAUAGGUACUGGUGGUACAAUAACUGGUGCGGGGAAAUUUCUCAAAGAUCAAAACCCUAAUAUCAAGCUAUACGGUGUGGAACCAGUUGAAAGUGCAGUUCUUUCUGGGGGAAAGCCUGGCCCACACAAGAUCCAGGGUAUUGGAGCUGGUUUUAUUCCCGGGGUAUUGGAAGUUGACCUCAUUGAUGAAGUUAUUCAAAUAUCAAGUGAGGAAGCUAUUGAAACUGCAAAGAAGCUUGCAUUGAAAGAAGGUUUGCUGGUUGGGAUAUCAUCUGGUGCUGCUACGGCUGCUGCAAUUAAGAUCGCAAAAAGACCAGAAAAUGCUGGCAAACUCAUUGUGGCCGUGUUCCCCAGCUUUGGUGAGCGUUAUCUAUCCUCUGUGCUUUUUGAGUCUGUAAAGCGCGAGGCAGAGAACAUGAUUUUUGAGCCUUGAGAUGUACCUGGGGAUUUUAGCUUCUUCUUCUUCUUCUUCUGUUUUUUGCAAGAUACUCUACAAUGAACAACAGUUGGAAAAUUUGAUUGAUAAAGUCUCUUAAAUUAAUUAAGUCCAAUGUGCCAACCAUGAUUGUGUUACCUGCCUAGAGAGAGAGAGAGAGAGAGAGUUGGCAUAGCGCCAGCUCAAGACACUUUUCAACCAGAGUAACAUUUAUUUAUUUUUUUACAUUUUAAAUCUGUGCCCUAUUUAUUCAAAGUGGAAGGUUGAAAUGUCAAUUUUGAUUGUCUUA